AUGGACAAGGCCAAGGCAGCUAUCACCGAUUUCAUGGGCCGCUCUGGUCACCAUGACACUACUGUUCACGAGGCUGUAGCCCCCGCUGUUCAGCACGAAGUCAUCAAGCCUCACGUACAUGAGGAGGUCAACACAGCCAUCGACAAGGAGGUCCACCAGGAUCACUACCACCGCACCGUCCAGCCCGUGUUGGAUCGUGAGGUCCUCCCUGAGGAGCACACUGCUAAGCUUGGUGCCGUCCAGCACCGCGAGUUCGACCACCGCGAUACCGAUGCUACUAAGAGGGCACUUGUUGAUGAACAGGCCCGCUUUGCUGACGAGAGGCGUAUUGACGAGACCACUCAUAGCCGGAGUGUUGCCCCCACUAUUGGCGGAGAGCACAUUCACCACCACAUCCACGAGACCAUUCAGCCCGUUGUCCAGAAGGAGACCAUCCAGCCCAGCGUAGUGCACACCACCGUCCCUAUCCAUGAGGUUCACCAUAACAAGGCUACCCACCACGAGACUACCGCUCUGCCUGCCAUGACUAUGGAUCAGUUCAAGGCCAAGGGCGGAGCUCUUACUGGCCGCGAGGAGCGCUACGAUGAGUUCGAGGGUGUCCCCAAGAACAUCGGCGGUGCCUCUGGCAUGGGCGUUGCUGAGGGUCUCACUCACAAGUCUACCCACCACACCCACGGCAUUGAGCAUGCCCGUCACGGCGACUUCGAGUCCACUCCCAACCACCACGGUGCCGGCACCCACAACCCCCUUGACCGCAACAACGACGGCAAGAUGAACAUGCAUGAUGUCACUGGCAACCACUCCCACACUACCGGAACCAAGAAUCCUCUUGACCGCAACAACGAUGGCAAGAUGGAUGCCCACGACUUGACCGGUAACCGCUCCACCGCUGGCGUUGGCGCUGGUACCGCUGGCGUUGACCGCAACCACGACGGCAAGAUCGACAGCCGUGACUUGAAGGACUCUGCUCGCAACCGCACUGAGGGCGCUACAGGUACGAAGAACUCCCAUGGUGAAGUGAUUGGUGGCAGCGGAACUGGAGACUUGGCCCACCGUCCCAAUGAGGAUGGUAGUUUGCCCAAGGCUCUCACAGAAGAUCGCUCUAGGGCCGUUCCCCACACACAGGCCGAAGAAGCCCAACUCAAUGAAAUUCAAGGACAUCAAGGCCAACAUCAAACAGGUCAACACAAGCCAAGCCUCAUGGACAAGCUCAACCCCAAGGUCGACGCCGACGGUGAUGGCAAGGCUGGAUUCAUGAAAUAAAUGCAUACUCCUAUGACACGAUCGCCAUGAGUACAUGCGAGAUACCAAGGACACGUCUCCUAUGACUUUGUAAUAAUAGCCUAGUAAUGAUGCAUCUUCAAUGAAAAAUGUUUACUACCUC